GUCCGGCCAGCGGCGGCGCCGAGCGGAGCGGAGCCGAGGGGUGGCGAGGGCGCGGCGCGGCCGGGGCGGCGGCGGGGCCAUGGACCGCGUGAGCAGCUCCAUGAAGCAGGUGUCCAACCCGCUGCCCAAGGUGCUGGGCCGGCGGGCGGGCGGCGGCGGGCUGGAGGCGGAGAGGGAGAGCUUCGAGCGUGCCCAGACUGUCAGCAUCAAUAAGGCCAUUAAUGCGCAGGAAGUGGCUGUCAAGGAGAAACAUGCCAGAACAUGCAUCUUGGGCACGCACCACGAGAAGGGAGCACAGACCUUCUGGUCGGUAGUGAACCGGCUGCCGCUGUCAGGGAAUGCCGUGCUCUGCUGGAAGUUCUGCCACGUCUUCCACAAGCUCCUCCGGGAUGGCCACUCGAACGUCCUGAAAGACUCUCUGAGAUACAAGAAUGAGCUGAGUGACAUGAGCAGGAUGUGGGGCCACCUCAGUGAGGGCUAUGGGCAGCUCUGCAGCAUCUACCUCAAACUGCUGAGAACCAAGAUGGAGUUUCACACCAAGAAUCCCCGCUUCCCCGGCAAUCUCCAGAUGUCCGACCGGCAGCUCGACGAGGCAGGGGAGAACGACGUCAAUAACUUUUUUCAGCUGACAGUGGAGAUGUUUGACUACCUGGAGUGUGAGCUGAACCUCUUCCAGACGGUGUUCAGUUCCCUGGACAUGUCGCGCUCGGUGUCGGUGACGGCCGCGGGGCAGUGCCGCCUGGCCCCGCUCAUCCAGGUCAUCCUGGACUGCAGCCACCUCUAUGACUACACCGUCAAGCUGCUCUUCAAGCUCCAUUCCUGUCUGCCAGCAGAUACACUGCAGGGCCACCGGGAUCGGUUCCUAGAGCAGUUCAGAAAGCUGAAGGACCUUUUCUACCGCUCCAGCAACCUGCAGUACUUCAAGCGGCUCAUUCAGAUCCCACAGCUGCCGGAGAACCCCCCCAACUUCCUGCGUGCCUCCGCACUGUCAGAGCACAUCAGCCCUGUGGUGGUCAUCCCCGCUGAGGCAUCCUCACCUGACAGUGAGCCCAUCACGGACCUGGUGGAGAUGGACACAGCCUCACAGAGCCUGUUUGACAGUAAGUUUGACGACAUCUUCGGCAGCUCUUUGGGCAGUGACCCCUUCAACUUCAACAGCCAGAAUGGGAUGAACAAGGAUGACAAGGACCGCUUAAUCGAGCAGCUUUAUGGGGAGAUCGCAGCCCUGAAGGAGGAGCUGGAGAGCUUCAAGGCUGAGAGCGCACGGGGCAUGAUGCAGCUGCGCGGUCGCGCCAGCGAGCUGGAAGCUGAGCUGGCCGAGCAGCAGCACCUGAAGCAGCAGGCGCAGGAUGAGAGCGAGUUUCUGCGCACGGAGCUGGAGGAGCUGAAGAAGCAGCGGGAGGACACGGAGAAGGCACAGAGGAGCCUGACGGAGAUUGAAAGGCGGGCACAGGCCAAUGAACAGCGCUACAGCAAGCUGAAGGAGAAGUAUAGCGAGCUGGUGCAGAACCAUGCUGACCUCCUGCGGAAGAACGCAGAGGUGACCAAGCAGGUGACAGCAGCCAGGCAGGCCCAGGGAGAUGUGGAGCGGGAGAAGAAGGAGCUGGAGGACUCCUUCCAGCGGGUGAGCGAGCAGGCUCAGAGGAAGUCUCAGGAGCAGGCAGAAGUGCUGGACACUCUGAAGAGGGAGCUGGCAGCCAGCAGACAGGAGCUGCAGGUCCUCCAGGGCACACUGGAGUCCAGCACACAGGUGGGAGCGGAGCAGAGCACCCGAAUCGCUGGCCUGGAGCAGGAGAGGGACAGCCUGAGCCGGGCAGCGGAGCGGCAUGGGGAGGAGGUGGCUGCCCUGCAUGCUGAGCUGCAGCAGAUGCGGGACAGGCUUGGCCGUGAGCAGGAGAGCAGCAAGAUGGAGCUGGAGAUAUUGCAGGCCCAGCUGAGAGACAAGGAGAGCAAGGAGCAGGCGCUGCAGCAGCACGUGGCUGAGGAGCAGUUUGCCCUGCUGCAGGGCACCGCGCAGGAGGCCAAGCGGAUGGUGCAGGAUGCCCUCAGCCAUCUGGAGGAUCCUGCCCACAUGGCCUGCACCGGCUCAGCAGAUUGCCUCCUGUCCAGGACACUGGCAGCCUCCGAGUGCCUAGAGAGGCUGCAGGAUGCCCACAGCAAAUACGUUUCUGACCACACAGCCAUUGGCUCCCUGCUGCCCACCCUGGCCCUGUUUGCCCACCUCGUCAGUGACACCCUCCUGCAGGGCAGUGCGACCUCCCACCUGGCCCCCAUGGAGCCCGCUGACCGUCUGCUGGAGGCGUGCAAGCAGUGCAGCAGCGAGGCCGUGAGCUACCUCAGUGCCCUGCAGGACCCGGGCAAGGUGAAAGGUGCUGACUGCAGCCUGCUGACGAUCUGCCUGGGACGUAUCAGUGCCAUCGGGGAGGAGCUGCGGCCCAGAGGGCUGGAUGUCAAGCAGGAGGAGCUGGGUGACUUGGUGGACAAGGAGAUGGCAGCAACAGCAGCAGCCAUCGAAACAGCAGCUGCCCGCAUCGAGGAGAUGCUGAGCAAGGCACGGGCUGGUGACACUGGAGUAAAACUGGAAGUGAAUGAGAGGAUCCUGGGCUCCUGCACGGGCCUCAUGCAGGCCAUCCGCGUCCUGGUCCUGGCCUCCAAGGACCUCCAGAGAGAGAUUGUGGAGAGUGGACGGGGUGCGGCAUCCCCCAAGGAGUUCUAUGCCAAGAAUUCCCGCUGGACAGAGGGUCUCAUCUCCGCCUCCAAGGCUGUGGGCUGGGGUGCCACUGUCAUGGUCGAUGCUGCUGACCUGGUGGUGCAAGGCAAGGGCACCUUUGAGGAGCUGAUGGUCUGCUCACGAGAGAUUGCAGCCAGCACUGCCCAGCUCGUGGCAGCCUCCAAGGUGAAGGCAGACAAAGACAGCGCCAACCUUUGCAAGCUCCAGCAAGCCUCACGGGGCGUCAACCAGGCCACAGCCAGCGUGGUGGCCUCCACCAAGGCCGGGAAGUCACAGGUGGAGGAGAAAGAGAGCAUGGACUUCUCCAGCAUGACACUCACCCAGAUCAAGCGUCAGGAGAUGGAUUCACAGGUGCGGGUGCUGGAGCUGGAAAACCAGCUGCAGAAGGAGCGGCAGAAGUUGGGAGAGCUGCGCAAGAAGCACUACGAGCUGGCAGGAGUGGCAGAGGGCUGGGAGGACGCAGCAGAUUAGCCCCAGUGGCAGAAGCAGUUGCAGGGGACACCCCUGCGGGCAGCCAGGAUGCAGCUCGGUGCAGCCUUUUGGGAAGAUCCACAAUAAACCGGUGCAAAAGCCACCCCGAAGCACAUGUCCUCCACAUCCCCCUGCCAGGAGCCGCCUCCAGCACCAGAGCACCGGGAGCUGCUGGGGCAGGAGCGAGGGCUGGCCAGCCCGCCACCAGCCGCAAACCGCAUGUGUAUUUAUCAGAGCUGCUUGGGGUUGGGGGACCGCUGGGGGGGCUUUAACCCUUUCAUUUUGUUUUUGCACAGAUUUUUGGAACUCUCUGAACCGGCUCGGGCUGAGCGAGAGCGCUCGGGUUUCUUUUGCCUCUCGCUGCUUUUCCAGCCUUAACCCAGUCCCUGGCUCAGCGCAAGCAUCCCCCCGCUGUGAAGGGGCCUGUUAAGGGCCCCGGGGUGCCACUCUUGGGGUGCUGCUGGCUUGGUGCUAGGUGUGCUCCCCUCCAGCGGGGCACCGAAUGCCUUUGGCUCAUGCAGGGUGGGUGGGAGCAUGCCCAUGGGACAGGGUAACCAAGGUGCUGGCAGCAGCAGGGAACAGGGCAGGCAGUGGGAGGGUUACUGCAGAGUAUCUGGGUCCGCAGAACAUGUCCCCCUGUCCUGUCCCGGAGCUGGGCUGCCCUGCCCCAAUAGAUCACUGUGUUAAUGCCAGCAAUAAACCCUUACGCAAGGUGCUGGGCAGGGGCUUGGACAACCAUAGUGCCACCGCACAAGCCACCAGCUCCUGUGGAUGGGGCAUGGCUAUAGGGCAGCAACAUACAGGGUUUGGGGGGCAGACAGGGUGCCCAAAACCAGAGCACCCCAAGCCAGAGCACGCAGCUGCCUGUGCCCACUCCCUCCGGGCUGGUGCUGCCUCUGUGUACUCACCACCUGCUUUGGUGCAAGGGGGAUCAGUGCUGGCGUUGCUGUGGGGCUGGCACCAGCUAGGGAACCUUUGUGCCUUGGAGCAGGGGGCUCGGAGGGCAGGGGGCUUCUGCCAGCUUCGGGCCCCCCAGCUCAUCUCGCUGCAGCAGGGACAGUGGCAUCAGACUGCGCAGCGAUGACCCCAUCCCCCCCCACGGUCUUGCCCAUGUCCCUUGCAGGGCCAGGGUGUCCUUCCCAGCCUGGCAGCACUGCUGCCUGCACCCUGCCUUCAGGCAGCUGCCCCUUCCUGGGGGUGAGACAGCCAGACCAGCCCCCUGGGAGUGCUGGGGGUGCAGCGUUUGGCCUUAGUCUCCCUUUAGAAAGUGGUGGCUGGUCUGUCACCAUGUGCUGCCUUUGGCUGGCCCUUGAGCAGUGGGACCCGCUAGUAUCCCCCUGCUGAGCCAGGCCAUCACCACAGCCUCAGGGCUGUCACCUCCUACGCACAGGAUAGCGCAACCGUCCACCAUGCCGGGACCCAGUGCCCCCGUGUGCUCUAGCCAGCCCCACCUCUAGCACACCUGCCCUAUGCUCCUGCCUGCCAGGAGGCACUCGGGGCUCCCCCCGGCCCCCCCUCUGCCUCGACAUGCCCCUAUCCAGCUCCCUCCAGAUAAAAUACCAACCACCCCAUUCCUGCAGGACACGAGGAGCCCCAACACCCUCCCCCCUCUUUCUGGGGAGGUGUCUUGCCUGUGCAGGGUACCCCCAACUACCUCAGGCCUCCAGGCCAGGUUGGGGCUGGGGAUGAUGAGGGGGUUGUGGUGGGGGCUCGGGGAUGGUGGCACCAUUCUCUUGGCCGAACUCCCUUUUUGUAUCUCGGCUGAGUGCUGGUGGAGGGAGGGUGUCCCCCCUGCAGCCUCCAGCACUAGUGGCUGGUGCUGGGGACAGUGGGGGUGCCCCUGCUCUGCACAUUGGGUUGAUUAAUUACUUUUUUUUUUCAUUGUAUAAUAAUUACUACGUUGUGUGUUUUCAAUUUUUCAAUAAAGCCUUCAGCCCAGCUCUGCGGCUCUGGAGUGGGUGGCAGG